AUGUCAGCACAAAGUACACCUAAAAAAGAGUAUUCCAAUGAUUCAAGACCACAGUCCACGGAAAAUGAUACAGCUCGUUCUAAAAGAGGGGGCAAGGACUCUCAACCCCCACCAUUUCACAAUUCCACUGUAACUCGUUCGUCCCUCCCCAAUAAUCCAAGACCAGCAUCAACUGGUAACAUUCCACGAAACACUAGUACCCCAUCAUUAAAUAAAAAGCAGGCAAACCGAUUGAAAACCCACAAUAGGUCUCUAUCUCACAACAAGUCUCUAACCAAGUUAUCGACAUCAACCGGAGCAACGGCGCGACCACAUUUGAAUCGAUCAAAGUCAACCGAGGUCUUGUUGAAGAGCAGACAAGGUGGUGCUUUGAAAAGAAAUAGUAGAUCGUUGACCAAGAUGACAGCAUUACAACCUAUGACAAAGACAACAUCAAGUCCGACUUUGCCAACACACAAGUCCACCACAUCUUUGAAAAAUAUCAAUUCAACAUGCAGUAUUGGAUUAAAAUCCAGUGCCCACAAGGGGAAAGCUAUUCUUCAAUUAAAUGACGAUGAUGCAGAUUAUGAGGAUGUUGAAAAUCUACUGAAUGAUGAAGACACCGGAGAGAAUAAUGCUCCUGUGCCUGAAAGGUUUGAUAGUCAAGAUACUAUAUCAACAACACACCUGCAAGAUGAACAGAAUAUUCCCAGUUUGUAUGAACAAAUAAACAGAAUAUUACCAGAGCCAACCCCAGCUUCCGAAGAACCUCCAAAGUUUAAGGAUAAACUAGAAGUUGUGGAGGAAGGGAACACAAUCGAUAGCAAAGUUAACACAAGUCAUCCUGAACUUGGUUCUUCUACAAAGAGUUCAACGGAUGAUUUUUCACAGGCAAACAAUUUUUAUAGUGGAUCAUUACUAUUGUCACAGUCUACAGGUCUAGUGAGAAAAAUUGAUCCAAAACAUAGUGCCAACUUGAAAAUGACAGAGGCAUAUCCAGCUAUGCCAAGUGAUGAAGCUUUGAAUUCAACUGCAAUAAGUGGCAUUUCAUUUAAAGCCAAUCCUAUGGAGCUCAACAAUGCUGCAGAACCAGUAACUACAAGUAAAAAUGUGAGUCAAAACAAUUCGUACCAACCCGAUCAAACCAUUUUCAAUAAUUUGCAACGAACAAAUAAUCAAUAUUUGAUGAACAAAAAACAGCAACAACAGCAACAGCAACAGCAACAGCAACAAAAAACACAACAGAAGUCGCAACAAAAGCAACAGCAGGUAAAACCACUUUCUCCUGCUGGGACUGCUAUCAAUAAUGGCACUAACAAUUUUUCCGAUUUUCUUCGAACCAACAAUUCCACAUCGUCAGCUGAUCUGCAAUACGGUCACAAUAUAGAAACUAGAACGCAACAGAGGUUGUGGCUACAAAGAGAAAGUUCACUUAUGGACGUUACAAAUUUAGAUGCUAAUCGUAUGUCCAACUUUUCAAACUUGUCCUUGAACAAUCUAAUGUUUUCUCACAACUACAACAAUCAGAGUCAGGCAAAUAUUCGUGACCUCCAGUAUAGUGGGUCUGUUCCUCAACAACAUCAACCAUUAACACCCAUGACACCCGCCACACCUGGUGUAGGAAACAAUGGGUCGUAUCCUGGUUCCGAUGUCAACGGUAAUCAAGGGUUACUUAAUUUAGUACAAGGCACCCUUCCACAUACAGUACAGACAAAAAUUGAAUUUGAAAGAUUGAAUAGGGAAUAUUUGAAUGUAAGAAGGCACGCAAACCCUAUGGGAGAAAGUUUGAAACGAUUGGAAUCAUAUUCAGGCAAAGAACUCAAGGUAUCGAAAACAAGAAAGGGAGAUAAGUCUACUACCGAUGCUAAUGCAAGCACGUUUGAAGAAUUUUCUCCUACAUUUCACGAGAAAGAGACCGAGAUAUCCAAUACUUUGAGCAAGCUCUGGCAAGAUGCAAUCGUAUCUUCGCUGUCUUCAUCAGCAGCCAGACCAACCCAACCAGCUACACAGCAUCAUCCUACGAAUCAGCGUUCUAUUAACCCGCGCUUAGCAUCUUACAACCAAAACUACAACAACUCGAGACAGAACCAGGCGCCAAACACACGAGCAGUGAAACUAGCUCCAAUACAGACAACAGAUGCAGCAUGA